CAACGCAAGUUUGACAGCGUUUGACUGAGCAAUGUGUCACGCGACAGGACUGUGACACUGUUUUUCAGUUGACUCCCAGUUCUCUUUUUAUAAAGUUCAGAUUUUAGACAAUACAAACGGAACAUUGGAGCGGUUAACAUGCUAUAGAUUGAUGGAGACAACUGAAGACCCCUGGGACGAGUUUCUAUCACUAAAGGUUUGAACUCUUAAAAAUAAGGAAGAAACUUCACUCCACUAAGGUGGUCGAGAAUGGCUAACAACAGGGACGCCAAUGAGAGGACCCCUCUUUUGGACUCAGAUUCAGAGAGCAGACCUUCACCACCGUCAGUCUUCGAGGGAAGAAGACUGGCAUGUGCAGCUAUCCUGCUGGCCGAGUCAUUAGAGAGGGUUGCUUUCUAUGGCAUAACAUCCAACCUGGUCCUUUUUCUCAAUGGUAGUCCCUUUUAUUGGGAGGGCACUCAGGCAAGUCAGGCACCUCUUAUGUUCAUGGGAGUAACGUACCUGAUUUCACCAUUUGGAGGCUGGUUGGCGGAUGCGUAUCUUGGAAAAUUCGUGACCAUUGCCGCAAGUUUGGUUCUGUACUUUUUUGGCAUGCUGUUUUUCCCUUUCAUUUCAAACGAUGACACCAGGAUACACCUGUGCGGAGAAGAAAUGGCGUUUCCUGUGCAGCCUGCUGAGUGUCUGAGCACAAACAGUACCCCUCCAAAAAAUGUAACCUGCCCCAUUCGUUCCCCAUAUUGUGGCCCGGCAGUCUUCAGUGGACUUUUCUUAAUUGCACUAGGUGUGGGUACUGUGAAGUCCAACAUCACUCCGUUUGGGGCAGAUCAGGUCAAAGACAGAGGACCAGAGGCCACUCGCAGAUUCUUCAACUGGUUCUACUGGUGCAUUAACUUAGGAGCCAUCCUGUCACUGGGAGGUGUGGCCUACAUCCAGCAAAACAUUAGCUUUGAGCUUGGCUACAUCCUUCCCACUGUAUGCCUCGGGAUCUCCUUCCUGGUCUUUCUGCUGGGACGUAUGGUUUUCAUCACCAAGCCUGCUGAUGGAAGCGCCUUCACUGAUAUGUUCAAGAUCCUGGCUUUCGCCUGCUGUUCACAGAAACCAAAGGAGCCAAACCUGCUCCGCAAACCGGCACUAUUGGACAGUGCCAAAGUGACUUAUGGAGGAAAAUUUCCUGAAGAAAAAGUCGAGGAAGUCAAAGCAUUGGUGAAGGUUCUUCCAGUUUUCUUUGCCCUUAUUCCAUACUGGACUGUAUACUUCCAGAUGCAGACAACGUACAUCUUGCAGAGCCUCCAUCUGAAGAUUCCUAAUACAGCUGCAAACAACACCUCUGACUUCCAUAAGAUGACGUUCCGCUUCCCGGCUGCCUGGCUCACCAUGUUUGACGCAGUGCUCAUCCUCAUGCUGAUUCCACUGAAGGACAAAGUGGUGGACCCAAUCCUGAAACGCCGCGGCCUGCUGCCCUCCCCUCUGAAAAGGAUCGCAGUAGGGAUGUUCUUUGUCAUGUGCUCGGCCGUGGCAGCGGGUAUUUUGGAGACAAAGCGCCUGGAGAUCGUCAAAUCCAAUGGUACCAUUGACCAGGUGCUUGGCAGCGUUGUCUACCACGCAGCAGAUUUACCCAUAUGGUGGCAGGUGCCUCAGUAUGUGCUGAUAGGAAUCAGCGAAAUAUUUGCCAGCAUUGCAGGUCUGGAGUUUGCCUAUUCUGCAGCCCCGAAGUCCAUGCAGAGUGCCAUCAUGGGGCUCUUCUUUUUUUUCUCUGGGAUUGGGUCCUUUGUGGGCUCAGGUUUGUUGGCUAUUGUCUCCCUCAAGGCAAUUGGCUGGAUGUCAUCCCACAAAGACUUUGGUAAUAUCAAUGACUGCUCUCUGCAUUACUACUUCUUCCUCCUGGCAGGGAUCCAGGGCGUCACGUUGCUGGUCUUCAUCAUUGUCUCUGUCAAGUACGACAAGCAGAAAGCCCGAGCAGGAUUUCAGCAGCAGAGACGCACUUCCUCGUGACCCCACACGUCCGCAUGUUGAUGAACUUGCAGCCCACUACCAUCACCAUACCUGCUUUUUUUUCAGUCAAAUCGCUCAGUGCUCAAAGAUGCUGCCAAGUCGGUACUUACUAAUUAUCCUACAGCAGGUUGGGUGACCUAUUUCAAAAGAAGUCAUAACUGUCAUAACUGCGCUCUUAUUUAUGUUAGAUUUAGCUUCUAAGGGCUUUAGAUUUCAUUCACCAGUAAUGGAUUUGAAAUCACUGAGUGACUGCACCGAUACCACUCAAAGUACAGAGAUUCAUGCAAGAGCUGUAUUUGAACCAUUUAUACUGUACUUGCUUACCUCUGUGUGUCUACUUCUGUUGCCUUUCUUUGAUCAUUUGCACUUAAGAAGCAGUGCCAUAAAAUGUGUUACCUGAAUAUUUUCAAAUCCUCAGUUGUUUUAUAGUUAUUUACUUUGUGUUAUCUAACAAAGACAACUCAUUUUUGAAGUUUAUUUCACAUCCGGUAUGACACAUCAGUAUUUAAAUCAUUUGCAUCUGUAAUCCUAAAGUUGGGUAUUUGUAGAUUAAAUGUUCUUGAGUCUCAGCACUAUUUCAUUCACACUCAUGCAGUAUCUUAGAAGAGAUCGCACCAAAUGGGGAGUUAGUUUUGAUACAGAGGGUAGUUUUAAUCGGGCAGUUUACAACCACUUUAUUCUAGCGUGCUCAGACAGCACUGUGCAUGACUCGUACAUACAUACAUACCUCCUCAUGGCAGAAAUACUCCACAACUCCUGUGAAGCUUCAGUUUUUAAUUUCUGGUCAAGCUGCAAAAUCGAAUCUCUAGAAACUGACUGUUAGCUUAACAGCUAUCCUUGUGUAUAAACCUUACAAUAAUGAAAAUGCUUGUCACAGUGGUACCAUCUCUAUACUGAGAAAUUCAUAGAAGUAAAUAUGUUUUCACGUGAUUUGCUUUGAGAAACAUUUACAGCAUUAUCAUGGCUUUGCAGCUUCACCAGAAAUUGUUUUGUUAUAUUUAUAAGCCUGUGAUGCAUUUGUUUUAGCUUUAUACGUGUGUGUGUGUGUGUGUGUGUGUGUGUGUUUUCAGUCCUCAGAUUAAGCAAAACAAGGUAUUUUACUGAAACAAGGAAACUCUCAGGACUCUCUAGGAAAAGUGUCAUGUGACAUGACGCUCCUGGAAAUGUAAGCCUGCCUUUGGGAGCUCAGAGCUCAGCUCGUCAUCAUUAAUGAUUUGAAGUAAAUGAAGUUGCAUUUGUGUUGUAUAAAAAGCAAGGUUCUCACUGACAGUAUGAAACACCUCUUCAAGUGAUUUUUGUUUAUUUGAUCAGAUAAUUACAUGUUCCUUGUUAUCUCGCUUAUUGUAUAUGUAAUUACUUUGUCAUCUCAGUCAUAUAAAAAAAAAGAUUUAUUGUAUUUCAGUAUGGUACAGAACUGGGAUAUUGUUUUGUAGUGUUCUGUGUACCUAUUAAUAAAGUGUAUUAUUUUAAGAAUUUUCUUUGUCAUUUUCAGCCAGUGCCUAAAUAAAGAAUAACUUU